AAGUGCAGGAGCUUUCAAUACUUACUGUUUUGCAAUGCUGGUCGGAAUCAGCAUGAGGUGGCUCGGUGUCGUGGUUCUAGGCGGAGUUCUCGUCCUCGCACAAAACGACGGCAACAAUAAAAAAGAUAACAGGAAUCGGAGACAGACCCCAUUCGACAAUUUCUUCAACCGCCACAUUUCUGCAACACAGGGCCGAGGGGGUCUACGGCCUUACAGCAACAGCAACGGAAUAUUCUCGGUCGCACCGUUCGGAAAUCAGCCAUGGUGGAAAGGGGCCCACGUCUGCAUGACAAAGAAAGAAGAAGAAGUCGAGGGGGUGUCCCCUGAAUCGCUCCUGUUCUCCCUGCAAUCGACACAAUGCUCAGAGUCGUUGACAACUCACACUUGCAUCACCAAAAUUCGCACAGCCAACGAAAGCAAGAACUUGGUUGAAAAAUAUACUUGCUGCCACGGAUAUACUCGGAGGCCCGAUGGACCCGGAUGUGUCGAAGCUGAUCUCAAGGAUUUGAGCGAGACUCUCCAGAUUAUUGGAACUAAUGAUUUCGGAAAACUCGUUGACGAUGCGAAAAUCACCAAGAAAGGUGGAGCCGACAUGAACAUCACCGUCUUCGCGCCCACGAACGCUGCCAUCAAAAUCGCCGAGGCUAAGAAAGCAGAAACCGACGACAAGAACGAGGUUUCCCCGGCCGAUAUGGCGAACAGUCAUAUGGUCGAGGGAUAUUAUCAGCUCGCGGAUCUUGUGGACGAGCAGAAAAUCGUGACUUUGGACGGAAAGAGUUCGAUACGAUUCAACGAGUUCUACAACCCACACAAGGUGCUCACUGCCAAUUGCGUGCCAAUCGUGGCUGCGGAUAAUUUCCACAAGAAUGGAGUCGUUCACGUUGUCGACGGCACUCUGCCUACGCCCUCGAAGAGCGUGAAGGAAAUCCUCGCAAACGAUCCCAAGUUCGAGACCUUCAACGAAAUUCUCUCCAGGAGCGGUGAACUUCUAGACAAGCUCGACGACCCCGAGGCUCACUACACGGUUUUCGCUCCCACUCAGGACGCAUUCAAGGACAUCGACGCCGAAACUCUUGAAAUGUGGAGAAACGGAGAAGGGUGUGUCGAUCAAUUACUCCAAGGACACGUCGUUCCUCACACCAUCUGUACAUCGGCGGUUCCUCAACAAGCUCGCGUUCGCAACGUUCUCCGAUCGCCGAUCAUGCUCCAGAAAACGCCCGACGGUCGUGUAACAGCUGAAGGCGUCGAAAUUGAAGAUAAGGAUAUGGUUGCCACCAACGGAGUCGUCCACGCUAUCAAGAACGUGAUGCUGUCACAGACUAGCAAAUCACUUCUGGAUACAUUGAAGGCUCACAAACUCACUGACCUCGUGCAUCUGAUCGAAAGCAAUCAGCUGGGUGAGAGGUUCGCCACGUUGAAGAACUUCACUUUCUUCGCUCCCACCGAAGAAGCCAUCAAAGACGUUUCCCUGAAGGAGUGGGAUUCGAUGAAACAGGAGCAGAAGAUUCAGCCUCUGUUCCUGUAUCACACGACCCAGAGUAAAAUCGGACUCAAGUCCCUCUUCAAUAACAUGAUCAUGCCCUCUCAGCUGGAGAAUUCGCAGAUCCGAGUGAACGUAUAUUCGCGCAACAGUAACUUCGACGACGCCACUUACACAGCGCAGUGCGCCAGAGUCGUGAGCCGUCCCACUGAGGUGUGCGGAGGCUCGAUAUACUUCGUGGACAAAGUCCUCCGUCAGCCCGAGGUGUCGAUCUGGGAACUCCUCGAGAAAAACAAGAACCUCCAGGUUUUCCGCAAGCUGGUGACAAAGGCCAACCUCGAAAGCCAACUCAAAGACAACGCUGGACCUUUCACCGUACUCGCCCCGACAGACGAGGCUUUCAAGAAGCUAACCCGCGAGGAAAUGGAAUCCCUCGAGAAGGGCGAAGGCGUUGAGGCCUUGGUUAAAACCCACAUCAUUCCCGACAUGCUCUGCUCGGGAGGUAUCAAUCACAACAACGCGUUCGCCGUCCAAGAGCACAGGAAUCUCGACGGAAAAUCCGUCUCUGCCCAGCGUUCACUCCGAGGCCACGUCUACUUCGGGGGAGCCAGGGUGGAAGAUAAAGACCUGACAGCGAACAACGGCGUAGUUCACGUCCUCGACCGAGUUCUCAACGCUCAGCCUGAACCCAAACCUCAACCCAACCCGGUCCCGAACCAGCAGCAACAAGGAACCGAGAGCCGAAGAUACUCGACGUUUGAUUUCCCUCAGUUCUGAGAGAGUCAGAGAGCACUCCGGAACUCAAAAUCGCAAACGUCACGGUGUGAAAGCUAAUAUUAAUAGCGGGGAGAUAUUUAUUUAAUUUUCGGACCUCGAACAGGAUCCAGCUGCGACAACGGGGAAUGGGGUCCUCUGACGGUAGAAGGAAGGUGCAGGAAAUAAGCUCAAAAGUUUGCCGUUCGCACCAAGUAUACUCGACGGUGAGGAAGCCUGUGGACAAAUCAGCCGAUGGAACUCUCAGGGCAGGGUGUCGCCUGAAAUCAGCUGCGUUGGUCCUUCCAAGAACACGGGGCUCGGGAAUCGCGGGAAAAUCAUGGAAUAUUCUGAGAAAAAUUGAGGGAGAGGAUUCUCGAAUUCUACGGAGUUAUUGGGGGACGGAUUGGAUUUCGUAUAAUUGCGGCAAAGAAAUAAAUGGCUUGAACGACGAAAGAUAUCGCACAGAGCAAUAAAAGCAAAGUUUUGACGGGAA